UUAGGUUGACGUGGACGCCCCCGAUUUUACGUCAAACACACUACUAACCAAUGAUAUUACCACGUUUUCUAUCUCUGGUUACUAUGCGACGGACUGUAUGCUUGUGCUGCUAGGAGGAAGAGUUGAGGCAGUGUGAAACAUGGAGAAUUGAUUAAGCUGAAAACAAACAAGUGUUGAGAGCUCAACGCAUUAUUUUUGUUGAUUACUUGUUCUCUGCAAUGGUGAAGUUAAGAGCAAGAUGCAUUCUCGUUGGGGAUGCUGCUGUAGGGAAAAGUGCCUUGUCCCAGAUGUUCCGGAGCGACGGCGCCCAUUUCCAGAAAAUCUAUUCUAUGACAGCUGGAGUGGAACUGCUGACCAAGUCUGUGAACGUCCCUAACACCAGUGACAGUGUGGAGCUGUACAUCUUUGACUCGCCCGGGAGAGAAAUCUUCGCGGAGGCCUCUGAGAAAAUGUGGGGGCAGCCCUCCGUGAUGUGUCUGGUGUUUGACAUCAGCAGCGAGGCGUCCUUCAGUAGCUGUGGCCGCUGGCUGGAGCGCGUCAGGGCCCACUGUCAGGGCCUCCAGGUGCCGGGGGUGCUGGUGGGAAACAAAUCGGACCUGUCCUCACGAAGAGAGGUGGAGACGGCCACGGCCCAGGAGUGGGCUCAGAGCCAGGGGAUGGAGUACUUUGAGACGUCCGCCAAAGAGAUGGAGAGCUGUGAUGCCCCUUUCAUCUGUCUGGCUCAGGCCUUUCACACUCUUUAUCAGGACCGGCUGAACACCAUCCAGAGUAUAGUCUCUCCCUGAGCAUGCUCUGAGUAUGAUCACACAGUAUAUACUUACUCACUCACUUACGUAUUUAUUUUUGUAAUGAAAGUGGCUAAAGUUGUCAUUAUAUAUACUACAUUAUAUAACAGCAAUGUAUUUUUUAUUAUAUACAUAAUUGUGUGCUCUGUCAGAUGUGUCUUUUUUCCUGUUUGAUUUUACUAUAACUACAGUUCUGACAACCAAUUAAAGGUUUACUUUUUCUA